AUGGUACGCGAUUGGCCAUCUACAAAUCUUCCAAAAACCAUCCAUCCAGAAGAGCAUAAAAAAAAAAAGGCUGAUGCUUAUGUUCAGAAGCCAGAUAUUGAAAUUGAAUGUUUGUUUAAUGAAGUUAAUCUGGACUUCAGUAAACACCAAAGUGACUCGGGAAAUGAAUUUGGAAAUGAAUUGGCGGAAUCAGGUUGGACCAAAGCGGCAAUAAACGCCUGGAAAAUAGCAGCAAUAAGUGGCUCACCUGAGGCUUACUAUAAUUUGGCAAUGUGCUAUGCACAUGGGGAUUAUGCAAUAAAACUAUGGGAACGAGCAUCUUUACUUGGCCAUUCUCUUUCCACUUACCAAUUAGCAGUUUGUCACAUCAACGGUUAUGGCAACGAGAAAAAAUGCGUUGAUUUGGGACUUCAAUUGAUGAAGUUAUCUGCAAUUACGGGGUGUGCUGAGGCGCAGUUUUAUCUAGCAUCUCAAAAUUUGUUGAACGGAAGUCUUAAAGAAGGUGAAAGUUAUCUUCUGAGGGCUGUACGUAAACAAGAAUUUUAUGACAAAGCAAAAGAGUGGUUAAAUGUUGAAUCUACACCUGCUAAUGUCAAAGCAGUACUCCAGUCAGUGAUCCAAAAGUCUGGAAUGUAA